GUAUCAUGUGGCCGAAAUUUAAUUGAUCGCAAAAAUAUAACCGAUAUUGAAUUUUCGAGUGGAGGUCACUUUGAAUAUGGUCCAUCAGCAAUAGUGAAGAGCAUUGAUUAUUGACCAUAAGUUAUAGUUCUAUUUAUGAUAGUUAUAGCUGGUGCAAGUCAAUAGAUAGUCAAUAUGUCAAAACCUCGAAGUAGAAAUAGUUUGUUGUCGUCUCACAACAGAUCUACGUUUGGAACCACUACUAAAGAUGAACUACUAGCUCAGAAAUUCCUGAUGGAAAGACCAGAUGCACCAUUAUAUCCAUUGAAUGAUGUUGAUGGUCAAGCCGAAACAUACAAUGAUCCAUCCAUCAAAUCUAAUUUUCAAGCUACUUUUCCUGACUUCAAACCAUGGAAAGAUCAUACUAAUUUAUCGAAUGAUAAGAGAGAACAAGAGACUCUGAAAUUGAACAAUACAUCAUACUUGAAUAAAGGUUAUUUUGAAGCUCCAAUGGUGGCCAAUGAAUAUUAUUCAGCAAGAACGUUGAUUCAAGCUACAGUUUUCACUUCAACUGAGAAUUGUAAUGAAGUAUUAAAAGAGUUGUCCCAACAUUUAACGAACUCGUUUAAAGCUAGAAAUGAGGUCAUUAAUAAGAUCAAAUACAAUUCAAAUAAGUUUAAAAUCCCUCCCAGAGUGACAUUAACAGCUUCAAAGAAAGAAGCAUGGCUUCGUGAUUUAGCUAAUCCAGAAAUUCCAUUCCAGAAAAUUGGUGAAAAAAUUCCGCAUGGUAUUAGAAAUAAAAUAUUGGUCGAUGCUGUAUGUACCAAGACAGUACCUAUAAACAGAGCUCUAUGGUUCACCAAAUGUGUGCUAUAUGGGGAACUUAUUGCAUUAAGAAGAAAGCAUCAAGCAAGAUUAUCGUUCGCUGGUACAGUGCUGCAUACAUCAGAAGCGUCAAGUCUAGAGAAAUUUGAAGAUCAUUGGUUACAAGAAUGGACGCAGCAGGUUAGUGAUUACGUUUACAGAUUUUCCAAAGAAAUAACAAACUUUUCAACUCCAGAAAGAAAAGGAAAUUACAUGAUCAGAUUGAGAUAUUUACUAACAUUGGUUGAAUCAUUGUAUAUUGAAUGUUUGCUUGAUAAAAACCUUUUCCUUUCUUUGAUUAUUAAAUUCUUAAAGGAAGGACUUCCACUAGAACCUAUGCAUAUAUCAGAGUUGUUAUCUUUAUCUACAAAUGAUGGAGAGGAUGUAGCAGUCGAAAGUUGGAUGGAUGAGGUUGAUUUGAAUUAUGGUCAAAGGCUAGUUGCGUUAACCUUGAUAAAAGUAUUUUGGAAAGAUAUAUUAAAGCUUGAUUAUUUGUGUAAAGAAUUGAGUGAAUCAUUACUUUUGAAUUAUUAUUUCAUAGACACAAUUGCAGGCAAACAAACUACAUCAACAACCACUCCUAGGUCAAUACUCCCUUCGGGAUUAAAGCAAAGUAUAAUGACCAUGAUAGGUGAUACCGUAAAUUAUUUAUUCAAAUUUAACACCAAUAUGUUUAUUAUACCCAACUAUUGGAUUUUGAUCAAUGGGGUGUUAUUCAAGAUAUUACUUGAAGGAACUCAAAACAGUGGAGAAGAAGAAGCUGACGUACUGAAGCAACUUGAACUUGUGAAGUUUAGAAAUGAGAGUUUAAUAUUAAGUAUGAAGAAUGUGCCUUCUGCACCUUUAUCAGUUCCAUCUCAUGAAAGGCGUAGUUCAUUACUUGGACCUCAAACUAUAGUUUCACCAAUACCAGUUGCAGGAAUCCUCGAUGAAGAACUGGUGGUUAUUAAUAGAAAUUCAGACGAUGUUUUUCAAAUCAUAAAUCAAUUAGAUUUAUUGAAAUUAAAUAAUAAUCUCGCCAAUAUUUUGAAACCUAUUUCAGGUUCCACCGUCACAAAAGCUAAUAAUUGGAAGAUAAAUUUACGUGUAGUAGUAUAUUGGUGUAUUACUAGAUUUCGGUCAGAAAGAGAAUCAAGUGAAGGUAUAUUGGUAAUCUGUAACUUUUUAAAGAGAAAGGUAUUUUCGGGAUUGAAUCCAAAAGCAAAAGGUAAUCCAAAAGCUGAAUUUGAAAAUGAACUUCUUGAGAUCAUUUAUUAUAUUGCUGAGAAUGAUAUGGCUAAGAUUGACAAAUAUAAAUUAUAUGUGUUGAUUAAUGAACUUUGUCAAUUGAAGGUUAUUUCCAUUGGAUCGUAUUUGAGAAAAUUCAUUGCUUCUGGUAUCUUUUAUUUAUCACCUGGAGCUGAUGAAAACAUUAUGGCUGAUGAUUACAAUCCAUUGGUUGAAACUCAUUUAUCGAUCCUUCAAAAUUUACCUAUCAUUAACAAUAGGCAAUUUGAUAGUAUCUUGAAGAAAUUAUCGUCAUCGCCAUCUGAUUUGAAGGAAAAAUUCGAGAAAGGGAAAGAUAUUUUGAAAUAUAAUAUCUUAGAAAAGGUUGCCAGUAAUGAUCCAUCACCAGAUUUUACUGAGAGUUUAACUUAUGUUACUGGGUUGAACGUGGGAAUAAAAUUCUUAUUAGUCAACUGGAUUACAAAUGAAUUGAAAACAACUAUUUUGAAUUCACCUAAACUUGUGCAUAUCACACCACUUGUCAUUGCCAACUUAUACGACUUUUAUUCCAACUGUGAUAAUUUAACCGUCUUCUUUAAGAUAGUGGUUAAGUUCCUAUUGAAAAAUGAAGGAGGGGUGAUUAUUUUGUACCUUGAUUCCCUUUACUUGAUCUCAAGACUCCUCAUUAGACAUUUUAAAUUGCUUAAGUUCGUGGCUGGUAACACUCACAAUACAUCUGAUUCCACUUGCUACGAUUUAUUUAAAUUGGUAAUACAGACUUAUAAAGAUUUCCAAUCCCGAGAGUUUGAUUAUUUUAGAUUUGAUCAAGUUUGGACAUUCGUGGAUGGUGUAUUUGAUAAAACCUUACAGAAUGAAGUUGGACAAAAUCAAAUGAAUAAGAAGAAAGCUUUUGCAAACAUUUUUGAAAAGGAUCUGAUUGACUCGCCUAUGAAAAUCAAUACACAUGAGUUAGGUAAUGGUAAAGGUGGUAGUGAUAAAUACACACCUGGUGAUUUCAGAUCGGAUUUGGAUUCUCUUCUUCAGAAUAAAUUCCGUCCUAUGGAUGUAACUGAGGUAAAAGAAUUGUUGGGUUCUUUAAAAUUGAAUGUUGACAUUACUAGUCCUCUUUCGUUAAAGAAAGCAGCUUUUACUUUAAUUGAAAAUUUAUGGUCUUCUGGUAAGACUGGAUCUGAAGAAGUUGACGUACAAAGCAUUAAGCUCUUGGUUAAUUUAAGAAAUAGUUUGGGAUUUGAAAUGUUUUCUAGUUUCAAUCUAGAGCUUACUAGUUAUAUUGAAAGCUUGAUGCUUGAUGAUAAGGAAAUCCCAGAUAUCUGUCACUUUUAUAAGAAGUUGAUUAUUUAUGAAGUCAUCAAGGUUACUGAUUUGAUGAGUAUUCUUGAUAAUGUUAAAGAUAAAGUUCCUGAAAGGGUAUCUAGGGUAGUAUUAGAUGUUUUGCUUCAUGAUUCUGUGGAAUCAUUUAGUAGUAAUCAAACUUUAUUGCUUAAGGUAAUCCGACUUGGAUAUAGAGAUCGUUCUAGUGCUUCAUUUCAUCAUUAUAUACUUCGAAGCUUGAAUAGGUUAGAAGGACCUAUAUCUGAAAAUGAGACGUUCUUAGAACUUAAGACUGAUAUUUUAAAAUAUUUCAAUCAAGUGUUGGUCACUUCGACAAGAUUAAUCUUAGAUGAAUUCAUAUCAAAGUUACAAUUCGAUGAUGCUAUCUUCAUUCUCAAUUCAUCACUUAUAAGACCAUCAACUGAUUUUGUGAAGUGUUUAAAAGAUUUCAAAAAUGUAUCUAGUGAAGUUGAUGAAUUUAACAUGCCUAUAUAUCAACUAUUAUUAAGAGUCAUAUGUCAACAAGAAAUAUCCCGAGUUAAUAAGGUUGAACAAAAGCAAAGUUUAAGCUUUAUAGUGGAAUCGUUUGUCCAAAAUCUUAAUUUCACAUUUUCUUCAUACAAUUCUUACAUUGGAGAAUGUUUAAAUUUCAUGGUUUGGGAUGAUAAAGUCUGUAUUUUAGAGAUAUUGGAGACGAUGUUUUUAAGAGGAACUAAGUUUCUUCCUUCUGAAGAUGCUAUUUCACUGAAUAAAGCGGUUGAUUUAAGUAAUAUUUUAGAAACGGUUAAUUUACUUCCAGUGUUUAAUGAUUUUUUUAAGAAAUUCUCAGCAUCUUCAACAAGUAUAGUUGAAUCACUGCAUGAUUUCUUUACUGAUCUUUCUCGAUUCCUAGUUAAAUUGUUAGAAUUGGUUAAUGCAGAAGAAUUGUUUGUUUUUGAAGAAGAUAUCAGUAAUACUAUAUCAGUAUUCUUGAGAAUGUUGAUUAUUCACAAGAUUACUUUAACAAAUGCUAUUAUUGUAUAUGAUGGCGAUCAAUUCACAUUUAUUAAAAACUUGAUUGCUUUGUUGAAUUCUAAAUUCUUAUCUGAUGUUAAUGAAAAGUUAAGGAUUCUUCUAUAUGAUUUAUUACUUCUUAUGAAGUUAUCCAUUACCCAAGAAAUCAAUCUGUUAGGUGAUAAUGCAGUGGUUGAGCCCACAUCACCAGAUUUCGUAGGUGGUGGGGCACAAGGAAGUCCACCAGCUGAUGAUCAAACUAAGAUUUCAGGUGAUAAUUCUUCAGCUUUCAAUCCAUCUUCUAUAUCCAACAUUUCCCAAGUUGCUUCAUUAUUCAAUUUACCUGAACCAAAUGCCAAUAAUCCAUUGGAACUGUAUAUCGAUGAGGCCAAGAUUGAAAGUGUGUUAACUCUUGAUGAAGAUGAAUUACAAUGUGGAGGUGAUAUCCAUAGUUUCAAUGAUCGUAACUUGAUGCUUGUAUCUUCCAGAACAGAAUCGGUUAGUUUAUCCAAUGCAUUUGGUAUAUUAGGGUCUACCCCAACUACAGUAAAAUCUAAACGAGAUUUCAAGCUUCGUAGUUUUGAAAUCCUAGAAGAUUCCAGUUCAUCAUUGAAUGAUGGAUGUAUCAAUCUACAAUUGUUUGAUGCCUACACCACCAAAGAAAAUCCAGCUUAAACUCUUCCUUGAACUCUAUCUACAUAGUAAAUUUCAAAUACAUGUUGCACUUUUUUGCGUCUAAAUAAAUUCUUGUUGCGCGUU